GCCCGUCGCACGCAUGCGCCACUGUUGGCUGGCGGCUCGCGGUUCCUUCCGGCCUCCCCCUUGGGCCGGCUCCUGCAGUAGCCGGGCGAGCGCGGAGCCCGAAGAGAGUGACCUGUAACCCCGGAAGUGGACCUCAGGGUCCCGGGGCUCUCCCCGGGCCAGAGCCGAGGGAGUCGUCGUCUGCACCCCCGGAGCACCCACUCCACGCCCAUCUCUGGAUGCCGCCGACGGGUGCCCGGCCCGUGCCCCGCGCCUGCCUACCGGAUCGGCCCCUCGGAACAGUUCUGGGCCGGGGGUGGGGGCCUGGACCCCGCCCCUGAUGAGGCUCCACCCCCGCGCCCAGGCCUCGCUCCGCUGACUGCUCCGGCCGGCCCCGCCCCCUGCCCGCCCCCUUGCCCGGGCGACCCCUCUCCCCCGCUGGGGGAGGCCAUGGCGUGAGCUCGAGGCCGGGCCCCGGGGCCCUCGGGCGCCAGGCGGGGCAUGGGCCGGCGGCCGCCCCCAUGAGGGUCCCGGGAGGGGGGCGCGCGCAUCAGCGGCGGGGCCAUGGGGUCGCAGGUAUUGCAGAUCCUGCGCCAGGGGGUGUGGGCCUCGCUCACCGGCGGUUGGUUCUUCGACCCGCACCAGAGCACCUUCUCCAACUGCUUCCACCUUUAUGUCUGGAUCUUCCUGCUCACCUUUCCCUUCUUGCUGUACAUGGUCCUGCCCCCCAGCUUGAUGGUGGCCGGUGUGUACUGCCUUGUGGUGGCUGUCAUCUUCGCUACUAUCAAGACUGUGAACUAUCGGCUGCAUGCUAUGUUCGACCAGGGCGAGAUCGUGGAGAAGCACAACUCUACCAUGGGGGAGCCGGAAGAAGAGCCUGCACAGGGGGACAGCAGUUUGCCCAGGGACCCCGGAGUGGAGAUGACAGUGUUUCGGAAAGUGAGUUCUACACCGCCGGUACGCUGUAGCUCCCAGCAUUCCGUGUUUGGCUUCAAUCAGGUCUCGGAGCUGCUGCCCCGGAUGGAGGACUCCGGGCCCCUCAGAGACAUCAAGGAGCUGGUUCGGGAGCAGGGCAGCAACAACGUGAUCGUGACCUCGGCUGAUCGAGAGAUGCUGAAGUUAAGCUCCCAGGAGAAACUGAUUGGAGACCUUCCCCAGACACCCCCGGGGGCUGCCCCAGACCCCUCUCUCCCCAGCACAGACUCUUCAGAACGUUCUCCCCUGGCUGGGGAUGGAGCCCCCUGGAGGGGGAGCAGUGUGGCCGAUACUCCCAUGAGCCCCCUUCUGAAGGGGAGCCUCAGCCAGGAGCUGAGCAAGAGCUUCCUGACCCUGACCCGGCCUGACCGGGCCCUGGUGAGGACCAGCAGUCGACGGGAACAACGCCGGGCAGCAGGCGGCUACCAGCCCCUGGACAGACGGGGCUCUGGGGAGCCCACACCCCAGAAAGCCGGCUCCUCGGAUUCCUGCUUCAGUGGCACUGACAGGGAGACGCUGAGCAGCUUCAAGAGUGAGAAAACCAACUCCACCCACCUGGACAGCCCCCCUGGGGGGCAAGCCCCGGAGGGCAGCGACACAGACCCACCCUCUGAGGCUGAGCUGCCUGCGUCACCAGAUGCUGGAGUCCCCUCAGAUGACACCCUGCGUUCCUUUGACACGGUCAUAGGAGCAGGGACGCCACCGGGCCCGGCCGAGCCGCUCCUGGUCGUGCGGCCCAAGGACUUGGCCUUGUUGCGGCCCAGCAAACGGCGGCCACCCAUGCGAAGACACUCCCCACCUGGCCGUGCCCCUCGGCGGCCCCUGCUUGAAGGCGGGGGCUUCUUUGAGGACGAAGACACCAGCGAGGGCAGCGAACUGAGCCCGGCCUCCAGCCUCCGAUCUCAGCGCCGCUACAGUACUGACAGCUCUUCUUCUACUUCCUGCUAUUCCCCCGAGAGCUCCCGUGGUGCAGCAGGGAGACCCCGGAAGCGACGGGCCCCCCAUGGGGCUGAGGAGGGGACGGCUGUGCCCCCCAAGCGGCCCUAUGGGACCCAGCGGACGCCUAGUACCGCCAGCGCCAAAACGCAUGCCCGAGUGCUGAGCAUGGAUGGGGCAGGGGGCGAUGUCCUCAGGGCCCCCCUGGCUGGCUCCAAGGCUGAGCUGGAGGCCCAGGCGGGGGUGGAGCUGGCUGCUGGGGAGCCCGCUCUGCUGCCUGCUGAGGCCCACAGGGGACCUGCCGCCAACCAGCCGGGCUGGCGGGGGGAGCUGCAAGAGGAAGGUGCUGUGGGGGGAGCGGCCGAGGAGACCGGCAAGCGGGACCGCACAAGCAGUGUGAGGCGCACUCAGGCGAUCCGCAGGCGCCACAAUGCGGGAAGCAACCCCACCCCUCCAGCCUCUGUUAUGGGCUCGCCGCCCAGCCUGCAGGAAGCUCAGCGGGGCCGGGCCGCCUCUCACUCCCGGGCGCUGACGCUGCCCUCUGCCCUGCACUUUGCUUCCUCGCUGCUGCUCACCCGGGCCGGCGCCACCGUUCACGAGGCCUGCACCUUUGAUGACACCUCCGAGGGCGCCGUGCACUACUUCUACGACGAGAGCGGCGUGCGGCGUUCCUACACCUUUGGCCUGGCUGGAGGCGGCUACGAGAACCCUGUGGGGCAACAGGGGGAGCAGGCAGCCAAUGGAGCUUGGGACCGCCACUCACACUCCUCCAGUUUCCACUCGGCUGAUGUCCCUGAGGCGGCAGGUGGCCUGAACCUGCUGCAGCCAAGGCCAGUGGUUCUACAGGGUAUGCAGGUGCGCCGCGUGCCCCUGGAGAUCCCAGAGUUUGACCUGCUGGACCAGGACUCCCUGCACGAAUCCCAGGAGCAGACGCUGAUGGAGGAGGCACCACCUCGUGCCCAGCACAGCUACAAGUACUGGCUUCUUCCUGGCCGCUGGACGUCUGUGCGCUAUGAGCGGCUGGCCCUCCUGGCCCUCCUGGACCGGACUCGGGGGCUGGUGGAGAACAUACUCGGCGUAGGCCUGAGCAGCCUCGUUGCCUUCUUGGGCUACCUGCUGCUGCUUAAGGGCUUCUUCACGGAUAUCUGGGUCUUCCAGUUCUGCUUGGUCAUUGCCUCCUGCCAGUAUUCCCUGCUGAAGAGUGUCCAGCCUGAUGCGGCAUCUCCCAUGCACGGCCACAACUGGGUGAUCGCAUAUAGCCGGCCUGUCUACUUCUGUAUCUGCUGUGUGCUCAUCUGGCUGCUGGACGCCCUGGGCUCAGCUCAGCCCUUCCCACCCGUCUCCCUGUAUGGCCUCACGCUCUUCUCCGCCUCCUUCUUCUUCUGUGCCCGGGACGUGGCCACUGUGUUCACCUUGUGCUUCCCGUUCGUCUUCCUCCUGGGCCUCCUGCCCCAGGUCAACACUUGCCUCAUGUACCUGCUGGAGCAGAUAGAUAUGCACGGCUUUGGGGGUACAGCCGCCACCAGCCCGCUCACUGCCGUCUUUAGCCUCUCCCGCAGCCUGUUGGCUGCUGCCCUGCUCUACGGCUUCUGCCUUGGGGCCAUCAAGACUCCUUGGCCGGAGCAGCACGUCCCUGUCCUCUUCUCGGUCUUCUGUGGCCUCCUGGUGGCCCUGUCCUACCACCUGAGCCGUCAGAGCAGUGACCCCACCGUGCUCUGGUCUCUGAUUCGGAGCAAGCUCUUCCCCGAGCUGGAGGAGCGGAGCUUGGAGACGGCUCGGGCCGAGCCCCCAGACCCACUGCCAGACAAGAUGCGCCAGUCGGUGCGUGAGGUCCUGCACUCUGACCUGGUGAUGUGUGUGGUGAUCGCCGUGCUCACCUUUGCCAUCAGCGCCAGCACCGUCUUCAUCGCCCUGAAGUCGGUGCUGGGGUUCGUAUUGUACGCACUGGCUGGGGCCGUGGGCUUCUUCACGCAUUACCUGCUGCCGCAGCUCCGCAAACAGCUGCCCUGGUUCUGCCUGUCGCAGCCUGUGCUGAAGCCGUUGGAGUACAGCCAGUAUGAAGUUCGAGGCGCUGCCCAGGUGAUGUGGUUUGAGAAGCUGUAUGCCGGCCUGCAGUGCAUCGAGAAGUACCUCAUCUACCCCGCCGUGGUGCUCAAUGCCCUCACGGUGGACGCCCAUGCUGUCGUCAGCCACCCGGACAAGUUCUGCCUCUACUGCCGGGCGCUGCUGAUGACCGUGGCUGGGCUGAAGCUGUUGCGCUCAGCCUUCUGCUGCCCGCCCCAGCAGUACCUAACCUUGGCCUUCACUGUUCUGCUCUUCCACUUCGACUACCCACGCCUCUCCCAGGGCUUUUUGCUUGACUACUUCCUCAUGUCCCUGCUCUGCAGCAAGCUGUGGGACCUGCUGUACAAGCUGCGUUUUGUGCUGACCUACAUCGCGCCCUGGCAGAUCACCUGGGGCUCGGCUUUCCACGCUUUUGCCCAGCCCUUUGCCGUGCCACACUCGGCCAUGCUGUUCGUUCAGGCCCUGCUCUCGGCACUUUUCUCCACGCCACUUAACCCCCUGCUGGGCAGUGCCGUCUUCAUCAUGUCCUACGCGCGGCCCCUCAAGUUCUGGGAGCGCGACUACAACACUAAACGUGUGGAUCAUUCCAACACCCGCCUGGUCACCCAGCUAGAUCGGAACCCAGGCGCUGACGACAACAACCUCAACUCCAUCUUCUAUGAGCACUUGACGCGCUCGCUGCAGCACACGCUGUGUGGGGACCUGGUGCUGGGCCGCUGGGGCAACUACGGCCCCGGCGACUGCUUCGUCCUGGCCUCUGACUACCUCAACGCCCUGGUGCACCUCAUCGAGGUUGGCAAUGGCCUCGUCACCUUCCAGCUGCGUGGCCUUGAGUUCCGGGGUACCUACUGCCAGCAGCGCGAGGUAGAGGCCAUCACGGAGGGCGUGGAGGAGGAUGAGGGCUGCUGCUGCUGUGAGCCUGGCCACCUGCCGCGGGUCCUGUCCUUCAAUGCCGCCUUUGGGCAGCGCUGGCUGGCCUGGGAGGUGACGGCCAGCAAGUACGUCCUGGAGGGCUACAGCAUCAGCGACAAUAACGCCGCCUCCAUGCUGCAGGUGUUUGACCUCCGCAAGAUCCUCAUCACUUACUACGUCAAGAGCAUCAUCUACUACGUCAGCCGCUCACCGAAGCUGGAGGCGUGGCUGAGCCACGAGGGCAUUGCAGCAGCCCUGCGGCCCGUGAGGGCGCCGGGCUACGCUGACUCGGACCCCACCUUCUCACUGAGCGUGGAUGAGGACUAUGACCUCCGCCUCUCCGGCCUCUCACUGCCCUCCUUCUGCGCGGUGCACCUCGAGUGGAUCCAGUACUGCGCCUCCCGGCGCAGCCAGCCCGUGGACCAGGAUUGGAACUCGCCGCUGGUCACGCUGUGUUUUGGCCUGUGCGUGCUGGGCCGGCGGGCCUUGGGGACGGCCUCGCACAGCAUGUCUGCCAGCCUGGAGCCCUUCCUGUACGGCCUGCACGCCCUGUUCAAGGGGGACUUCCGCAUCACCUCCCCACGCGAUGAGUGGGUCUUUGCCGACAUGGACCUACUUCAUCGCGUGGUGGCGCCUGGAGUUCGCAUGGCCCUCAAGCUCCACCAGGAUCACUUCACGUCCCCAGAUGAGUAUGAGGAGCCCGCCGCCUUGUAUGACGCCAUCGCAGCCAACGAGGAGCGGCUGGUCAUCUCGCACGAGGGCGACCCAGCCUGGCGCAGCGCCAUCCUCAGCAACACGCCCUCGCUGCUGGCUCUGCGUCACGUCCUGGAUGACGCCUCCGACGAGUACAAGAUCAUCAUGCUUAACCGGCGCCACCUCAGCUUCCGAGUCAUCAAGGUGAACCGCGAGUGUGUACGUGGCCUGUGGGCCGGGCAGCAGCAGGAGCUGGUGUUCUUGCGCAACCGCAACCCCGAACGCGGUAGCAUCCAGAACGCCAAGCAGGCACUCCGCAACAUGAUCAAUUCUUCCUGUGACCAGCCACUGGGCUACCCCAUCUAUGUGUCCCCCCUCACCACCUCGCUGGCCGGCAGCCACCCCCAGCUGCGGGCACUGUGGGGUGGCCCUGUCAGCCUGAGUGCCAUUGCCCGCUGGCUUCUGCACAGCUGGGAGAGGCUUCAUAAGGGCUGUGGUGCCGGCUGCAAUAGUGGCGGGAACGUGGAUGACUCGGACUGUGGCGGAGGCGGUGGCUUGGGCUCCCUCAGCAAUAACCCCCCCUUGGCACACCCUACACCUGAGAACACAGCAGGCAGUGGAGACCAGCCCCUCCCUCCGGGUCCAGGCUGGGGCCCUCGGCCUUCCCUGAGCAGCUCUGGUGAUGGGCGCCCCCCUCCUCUGCUGCAGUGGCCACCCCCUCGGCUCCCUGGACCAACCCCUUCUUCUCCCGCCCCCACUGAGGGUCCCCGGCCCUCAAGAACCCCUGGCCCCGGUCUCCUCAGUUCUGAGGGUCCCAGCGGGAAGUGGACCCUGGGGGGUCGGAAGGGGCUGGGGGGAUCUGAGGCAGAGCCAGCCUCAGGGAGCCCCAAAGGAGGCACCCCCAAAUCUCAGGCGCCCCUAGACCUCAGCCUCAGCCCGGAUAUCAGCACCAAUGCCUCCUCGCCCGCCAGAGCAGCCCAGGACAUUCCUUGCUUGGACGGCAGUGCUCCUGAAAGUGGCACACCCACUGGGAUCCUGGGUGACUGGCCUGCCCUUGCUGAGGAGCGUGAGAGCCCGGCUGCCCAGCCCCUGCUGGAGCAUCAGUACUGAGUGGCCUGGUACCCUCUGGAUCCCAGCCCUAGGAUUCAGUAACUUGGAUCCCUGGUCUCUGGCCCUCUGCUGGACCACAGAACUGAGUGGCUUUGGCUUCCACAUCUGAACCCUGACCUCUGGCUGCCUUAGCCAGCGUACCGGAACUAAGUGGCCCAGACCUCCGGCCUUGAUCCCUGAUCUCUCAUCCCUAGUCGAGGGCCUGGGCUCCCUAAACUGAGGCAGGCAGCCUCCCAGCCAGGCCCUAGAAGUCAAACCCGUGGGCUGGUCCCGUUUCGAGCCCGUGGCCAGGACUGUCUUGGCCCCUGGGCCUGCACUGCCUGCAGGGGCAGCCCCUUGGCCUGGACCGGGGGCUGAAAUGUGGGAAGGGUGGUUUCUUUUUUUCUUCUUUCUUUUUUUUUUUUUUUUUUUUUUCGUGCUUCAGAGACACCAGAAUAACACUAUUUUUGAUU